AUGCACCUCGAGAAUGGAAAGAUGCUUGAUCCAACAAGUGAUAAUCUGUGGUCAAGAGCUUUGAAAACUCUCGAUCCAAAAGAGAGGGAGCAAUUGGAUGUCUUCGUCAGCGACGACAAGCACAAUGUCCUAAAUGACAUUCUCCAGGCUGCCCAGCAGAAGAAAGCCGAUGCCCUAAGGAAACGCUGGAGGUUUACUUGGAACGGUCAAACUCACAUUGUUAGGGAUUAUUUGGAAAAGAUCAUCAUCUGGGUCGAAAAGUUCAAAGCUGUGGGUGAUGCGGCUGUUCAGUAUGAUCCUGCUCAUGCGGCACUACCAUGGGCGUGUGUUCGCUUUUUCCUUCAGGCCACCGUCGACAAUGUGCGGUUUUUUGGCAUCAUGGCGGAUAACAUGGCUCAGAUUGCAAACAUCAUCGCCCAAAAUGCUAUCGUGGAAGAUCUAUAUCUGAACCGGGAUCUUAAGGUCACUCCCCUCCUCCAGCAGUCACUCAUUCGAACGUACGCGCUUAUUCUGCGACUUUUGGCCAGAAUUUUCAAGUAUUAUUCGCAAACAACAUUCAAGAAUCUGGCUAAAGGUUUUACUUCUGAGUUGGAGACAGCUCAGAACAUCUCUAACCUAGUUGCUGUUGAGCAGAAUGACAUGGAGCGCUGCAUGGGAAUCGCAGAUGCCGAAAUUCGCGAACUAACGACUGCAAAAUCAGAUCAGGAUCGAUCUCGACACAUGGUUAACAUGAAGACAAUUCUCUCAGACCUGAGGUCCCCUAUCAGCAGAAUUAGCGCCGACCUUUCGCAGUUUCUGAGAUUGAAGGAUGAGGAAGAUCGACUGAAUAUAUUGAGAUCGCUUUCUAAGCUGCCGUACCCCUCUCAUCACCAGGCGGCCGCUAGUGGACGUUUAGAUGGUUCUGGGCAAUGGCUUUUGCGACAUCAAAUUUUCAACAGCUGGCGAGCAAGCAGCUCGUCUACAAUUCUUUGGUUGCAUGGAAUACCUGGAUGCGGCAAAACGAAGCUUUGCUCAAUAGUCGUCGACGCGAUGAAAGCGGCUGAUACCACUUCCGCCGAGCUCCUGGCAUUCUUUUACUGUGCUCGAGAUCCACGUGAACCGAUGCGAGGACAGUGCAACGCAGUAGUCCAAAGUAUUUUACGCCAGGUCGUAGCUGCGUCACCUACCCGAACCGUCCCAAAGGCAGUGCAGGCCAUGCAUGAGAGAAUUCAAGAAGAGGGCUUCGGCGAACGAGAGUGGACACAGCAUGAGUGCAUCGACACCCUCGUCGAUGUAAUGGAUAUAUACCCUUCACUAACUAUCAUCAUUGACGCCCUGGACGAGUGCGACGCGGAUGAGCGGAUGUCCCUUCUUCUUUCGUUGAAGGAAGUAAGAGAUAAGUCGGCGAACCUUGUGAAGAUUCUUAUCACCAGUCGGGACGACAUCGACAUUAUGUCAUCGCUAGCUGACACAUCAGACAUAAGAAUCAGUGCGGCUCAUAAUGCUGAGGACAUCGACCGUUUCGUCAAUGAGAGAGUUGAUACUCUGAUGGAUUCACGAGAGAACCUCUAUGGCCCUGGACUCGAAGGCCUUCGCCAGGAAAUAAGGACUGUAUUGUCUGGAAAAGCUCAGGGAAUGUUCAGAUGGGUAGAUCUCCAGCUUGAAACGUUGAAGCGUACGAAAUUAGAUCAAGACCUCAAGUCACAGCUAGGCCGCCUCCCAAGGACUCUGGACCAUUCAUACUACGCCAUCUAUCGUGCUAUCCAAGAAGCUGGAACCUGCGCAAAACUUCUAGCUGAUGGUGUUUUUCAGUGGCUACUGUAUGGCAAAGAAGCGAUUCAAACAGAGUCAUUUGCCGCCUUUAUUUCCAUUGCAACAGGGGCAUCUAAACAUCCAUUGAAACCGCAACAUCUAUUGGAUAUUUGUGGAAACUUGGUCGAAAUCGACCAAUCAUUCAAUGUUUUUCGCUUCGUUCACUUAUCAGUCCGGGAGUUCUUCGAACACUUCCAGGAUCGUGGAGACGAUACAUUUACACCAUCAAAGGGGCACGCAACUUUGGCCUAUCAUAGCCUACUGCACAUAUGUUACAGUCUUUCACCUACGCGGAUGGAAAGUUUAAGAGUUCAAAACCUUACAGGAGAAAAUGGCCAUUUAAAUUACCCUUCAGAUGGAGCGAUGAAGCGAUAUGUUGACCGGUACUGGCAUGUGCACGCGAUACUUAGUGGAGAGCGCCGCUAUAAAAAACCUUUUCAACCUCUCUUCGAAUUUUUUAUGCAACAAGGUCCGACUGCUGACUCUCUAUUCAGUAUGUGGUGUUGUACCGCGACGUUUGAGGAAGUUUCGGGGUUAGAACUUGAAAGAUGCCACUCGGCCACCCGAACACCUGCCCAUCCGAUAUGGCUAGCGUGCGCCUUUGACUUGGAGGAAAUGGUUGACGCAUGCAUUAUUGAAGAUGGGUUUGACAUUGAAAUGAGGACUGGUGUUUCUCUUACACCUUUGCUUGAAGCUGCAAGGCUUGGCAGCUCUCGUACCUUUCGCAAACUGCUAGAUUGCGGAGCAGACAUAGGGGCUAAGACCCCCCAUUACGGCAAAGGGGUCGUAACAUUUGCUCUCGAAAACGAGCAUACAAAUGUGCUUAAGCUACUUGAAGAGCUUGGUCUCAUGGAUCAUUGCUUACCGGCCACGACUAAGGAGAUUAUGGACAUCUCUGGUCGGAAUAGACUCGGCAAAGACGGACACAGAUUUAUGGGAAGAACCGUCAAGGCACGUCGACUUCCUAAAUCACGAUUGGGAAUACGGGGAGAUAUGGGCCUCUUGGAAGUACAUAGUGGCUCAGAGGGCCCAUAUCAGCAAUAA